UUACGUAAUGAGCGUAGCAGCGCGACAGCAGCAGGACGGAUACUGUGAAGAAAUACUGUCAAUAAAACCCGAUGUCCUUUCUGUCAGCAGGCUCCGGAGGAACAAACAGAGUCAAAGCAUGUCGGGAAGGAAAUAUAUUGACAGUCUGCAGUAACUUCUUAUUUCCAGAGGCUGUUUCCUCCACAGUCUGACAGGUGAAAGUAGCAAUGCCUGAAAGACAUGUCUCACAACGAAGAUAAUAAAGGGAAAGGAAGCUCUCACCACACAGAUCUGUACGCCCGCAUCCCGCUGACAUGUCUGCCCAUCGUGUACCACCCGGACUACAACAUCACCUUCAUGGGCCUCGAGAAGCUGCAUCCGUUUGAUGCAGGGAAGUGGGGGAAAGUCAUUCACUUCUUGAAAGAGGAGCAGUUUCUCACUGAUGACAACAUGGUGGAGGCGCGAGAAGCUUCUGAAGAAGAUCUGCUGGUGGUUCACACCAAGCGCUACCUCAACAAACUGAAGUGGUCUAUGGUGGUGGCAAACAUCACAGAAAUCCCACCUCUCAUCUUCCUGCCUAAUUUCCUGGUUCAGCGGAGAGUGUUGAGGCCUUUGAGGACGCAGACCGGAGGAACCAUAAUGGCCGGAAAACUGGCUAUAGACCGAGGGUGGGCUGUGAAUGUGGGAGGAGGGUUUCACCACUGCUCCAGCGACAGAGGGGGGGGCUUCUGUGCCUACGCUGACAUCACUCUGGCCAUCAAGUUUCUGUUUGAGAGAGUGGAAGGCAUCUCCAGGGCGACCAUCAUUGAUCUGGAUGCUCAUCAGGGGAAUGGACACGAGCGUGAUUUCUUGGACGAUAAACGCGUUUUCAUCAUGGACGUGUACAAUCGCUACAUAUAUCCUGAGGACAAUGUUGCCAAAAAAGCCAUAAAGAGGAAGGUUGAGCUGGACUGGGGAACUGAAGACUCGGAGUAUCUUCAGAAGGUGGAGCUCCACACAGAAGGAUCUCUGAACGAGGUCAGACCCGAUAUCAUCGUCUACAACGCGGGGACAGACGUCCUGGAUGGAGACCCUCUGGGAGGACUCUCCAUUUCUCCUCAGGGCAUCGUUAAGAGAGAUGAGAUUGUGUUCAGGGCUGCGCGGCGUCGAGGCAUCCCGAUCCUCAUGGUGACAUCGGGGGGGUACCAGAAGAGAACCGCCCGCAUCAUCGCCGACUCCAUCCUCAACCUGUAUCGGGAGGCCCUGAUUGGUCCAGAGGCUCUGGAGGGGGAGGGGUCAACGUCUAUGGUGACCAGCAUGAUGAGCAGCUCUGGAUCUACUGGGUCAACAUCCACUGCUGUCUGAGAUGCAAUAAUUCUGCCACUAACAUGUGUUUCCUGUGAAGGUGUAACAUGUGAAGGCACGGAAGUCACUUUGUAAUUCUUUCUUGGUUUUUUUCAGAAAUGUUCUGAAUGUUGACUUUUUUCUCAGAAUUCUGUCUUUUUUUUCUCAGACAUUUUCAGAAUUCUUACUUUUUUCUUCAGAAUUUUUACUUUUUCUUCAGAACUCUUUCUUUUCUCUUUCAGAAAUGUUCAGAACUCUGACUUUUUUCUCAGUCUUUUUUUUCUGUCUCACUAAUUCUGCCUCUAACACUAACAUGUGUUUCCUCUGCAGGUGUAACAUGUGAAAGCACUGCAGUAACUUUAUAUAGUGCAGUAAUUAUGGUGUCAGGUUGUUGCUGCACACACAAAGGUGUUUAAUUUAACUCAAUACCAGACGGGGUUACCCAGUGCUUGAUUACACAUUUAAUCUAACAAGAUUUGGAUUUCUUUUUUACAUUUUUACUCUAUAGGUUGGCCAUGAAUCAAAGGAAUAAUUCUGGAAAGAGAAUAAUUUUACUGCAACAACAGCACUAUUCUGACUGCAGUCAAUUUCAUUAAUAGCAAUUUUAAAGUCGGAGAAUGAAGGGUUUUAUGUUUAAUGUUUGUUCGGGAAGCUUUUAGGAAGAGUCUUCUUUCAUCUCAGGAAAUGGAAUAAUGUCAUAUGUGAAAUAUAUAAAAUGCUAUGGUAUUGUAAACAGGUUUGAGGUUCUUUUAAAUACGUGGACAUUUUAUGAAUUAUCCUCUUAAUAGUUGUAGAGGUGAAACACAAGAAAAAAAGCACCUUAAAACCGUAGCUAUCGAAACUAAUCUAAUGAUUUUUUGUAUUAUUAAUUGUAUACGGAAGAGGAUAAACGCCACAUGUUGAAAAUGUUUGAGAGCUGAACAAAAGUUACAAGAAGAGUAAGAAGACUGGGAUAAAAGUCAGAAUUCUCAACAUUUCGGAGAAAAAGUCAGAAAUCUGAAAAUGUCUGAGAAAAAAAGCUAGAAUAUUGAGAAAUUAGUAAAAAUUCUGAUCAAAAAAAUUGGAAAAAAUUCAACAUUCUGAGAAAAAAGUCAGAAUUUUGAGCAGUAAAAAAAAUGCACGUGGCCCUUAUUCUCAUCCCUAACGGUGUAAACAUGUUUUGACCUCUAGAUAUUUGUUGUGAUCAUUAAAUAGUUUAUUCUUCAUUAUCCAGUGUUUCAUUCAUCAAGGUUAGUCAUUACUUUUUCUACCUAUAAUCUGUGCCGUUCAUGUUUAACAGGGAGUUGCCAAUGAUUUUACUGAAGGUUGUACUGUUCUCCUAAUUAAGAAAAUAUGUUAAUGUGGCUGUGAAUGUUUUAAUAAUGAAACUUUGUCUGUGUUCUGGACAUGUUUGAAGCAGUUUGGACACAUUCAUAAUGAAAGCGUGUAAGCAGUGUCAGUGCUAAUUAGCUGAAGCCUUUGAUCCGAUGUGGUGCUUUUGAAUGUGUCUACCUUUUAAUUAGAACAUCUCACUUUAUUGUAAGCCGUCCUUAAUACGAGAUGAGAUCACAGAUUCCAGAUCAGCAGCUCCUUCCUGUCAGACGAUGUUGCCAAAAAUAACACUGUGUUCAAAGCUGUACUGUAUUUUCCUAAGGGCGUGUUUGUGGUUUGUGCUGAAAUUAAAAACGACUUCUAUGCAUUCACACUGAUAUUAAAAACAUCUGGGACAACUAA